AUGGUUUAUGUCCUGCCGGAGUUCCACAGUGACAUAUCCAAUGGCUUUGCAAUAUAUGAGUACAAACAUAUUCACCGCACAGCAAGGUCAAAGGUGAGAAUUGAGCGUCCGCGCCAUUGUUUAUUUGUUUUAUUGGGGAAAAAAAGGUUGGAGACCCAGGACCAGGAGUACUCGUUUAUAGACCAGGCCCACGGAACGGAGCAAGGAGAAAAAUUGGCAGCCGCCCCAAUCACAUCAAUCUCAACGAGUCAGCCAAAGAACUCCUUAAAACCCCCACGCGCACGCCGGAGACGGAGAGAUUUCCUCUCUUUCCAAUCUCGUGUCCGCCUCUCUUUCCCUCGCUCCCUUGCUCUCAUGGCCGCCGCCUCGCGCGUCGGCGACCCGGCGGAGUCCACGCGCCUGCGCAUCGGCGACGAGAUCGCGUGGUCCGAGAUCAGCGGCGUGUACGACCGCGACGACUCCCUCAAGGAGAACACCAACCCCAAGUGCCUCCUCAAGAACCACCCCGGCGCCAACAACGGCGCCUCGCAGCGGUUCUCGGGCAACCUCAAGCCGACGGCGGCGCCCAUCAUCGGCCUCUCGGGGAAGCUCGGCCAGGGCGGUGGGCGGGGGCGGCACCACCCGCCCCGCCGGCCAUCUUCCCCAAGAAGGCCAAGACGGGGGCGGCGGGCGCGCGCCAGGGCCGCCGUCCCGGGCCCGCUCGCCCAAGGUGUCCUGCAUCGGGAAGGUGCUCUCCGACCGCGAGCGUGCGCGCCUCGGCCGCCCGCCGAGGCCGCGCGCGGGGACGGGGGCGGGUGCUGCGGCGGGCUUGCGUUCUUUAUGCGGCGGAACAGGUCCAGGAACAGCGUCGAGUGCGUCGACCAGUCCCCGCCGCUGCCGCCCGUGGUUGAGACGGCCAGGCGGAGGGAGACGAAGGAGGUGGAGGCUGCGUCGGCGGCGGCGCCGGGGCUGGGUGGGAUGCGGCGGUUCGCGUCCGGGAGGCGGGCCGCGGAGUGGGCGGCCGAGAUGGACGGCGACGGACGCGUGGCGACAUCUGGCCCGUUGUAG